GUGGAAACCCCCCACCUGUCCCCCCACCAAGAUAGUACAUCAGAAACAACACUGCUUUCCCGUGGGGAUGGAGCUUAGUACUGCCAUUAAAUGCUAAAAGAAGCAGGGUGGUGAGCCUAUCCUCUCUCCAUUUGUUUCAGCAGUGUGGCCCUGGCAAAUGGCAUGUGUCCUGGAAGAGUGGCCGACUACCAAAGGUCAAACAACUGGCAGCCCUGACCACACCUGCUGUCCCAGGCAGGAUCAUUUUCUUAGAUGCAGGGUUUGGUUAUAGCUGCUUUUGCAUUACAAAGCAGAACUGAGUAGCCACAUUAGACACUCGACAGAAAGACUGAAAUAUUUGCUGGCGGAUCCUUUAGAGAAGAAGUUUGCCAACACUUCUUCUGCACUGUAUCUGUGACAUCAUGCUGAUGGGACGGGAUGAUGAGCAGGUGGCUAGUAAGUUGGACACUCUGGGAAGAUAUAUCUACUCCAGAGGAUGAGAGAUAAAUCCUCUGAAAAUGUGGGGACCCACAACCUCAACUAAGUUUUUGAGUGCCCAGCUGGGAAGAGCAUUCCAGUAUAUGCCUCCCCAGUGAAGCCAAGCUGCGUAAGCGCAAUGCUGUGUCACAAAGAAGAACGUGCAAGGACUGAGAGAUCAGACACCAUGCCUCCUAGAGGCAGCAUGCUCCACAUCUGGGAAUACAGUUCCAGCUGCAAGCCAGGAGACACGGAAAGAUGCCAGCUCUGCAUGGUGCCCAGAAUAGGACAGGGCUCCUCGGCAGGCCCUGACUGCAGGGCAAGCAGCCUUGCCCUUCAAGCUGCACUGUCCAACAGGCCCUCAGCCCGGAGGUGUUGGUGCUGAGGAAAGCUGCAGUGUGCCUCUACAGCAAGCCCCAAUGGGAAAGUCACCACAGAGGCCCAUGGGACUGUGGAGAAAGCUACGUUCUCUGCAGCAAAGGACUCCAUGCGUUUUGAGCAGCAGGUGCUGACAUGCUACUGGAACCUGGUAGACAUAGAAUGUGUGAUGCAGCACUGUUGCCCAUACAGAUAGAAUGACCUGCCAAAUGAACAGCUGAUGUACUGGGAAAAAUACUAUUAACAAUAAUGAUAACACUCUCAAGUGACAUGGGCCCUCCCUCAGGCCGAAGCACAUGCAUUAAACGGAAGACCUCCACGAUAGGAAGAAUGCUCGGUUCCAGAAGCCAAAGGGUGAAACCAGGAGUGGCUCCCUUUACCAUCAGUCUCACUGACCCACUAGAAGAUUUCGUUUCCCAUCUCUACAACCCUAAGCUCUGCAGGCCUGGAGGCCCCGGGUCCCACACUCCUAUCGCCACAGCAAGAUUUCCAUUGGCAGUAGAUUCCUUCGUCCAGGAUCAGACAAGAAGAGGAGUCAUCCUACCGGCAGAGGGACAGCCAAUGAUGGGUCUGCUCCGGGCAGCUGGAUGGAGACGCAGACCUGUGCGUGGGAAGGCGUGGGUUCCGGCAGCCGCAGAAGAGUGCUACAGUCUCCUGCCGCAGGAGGAACAAUUUCCCGACAGCUCUAGCAGUUGCCACGCUGGAUCCUCCACAUCCGUGUGGGCUUGUGGGCCCUCCUGGCCAGCAGCUGGCAAUGCACCCUCUCCUCAAAGACUUGGUUCGAGGGCUCCACUGAGACUUUUUCCACCCAACUGUUCCUGUCCUGCUGUCUCCUGCACAGGUGCAGACCAGCGGUGCCUUCCAGGGCUCGUUCCUCUUGUUCUGUCUCUUCCUCCUUAUUUUCCUGGGCAUUUCUCCCAAUAAAUCUCUUGCACAUCAGAGUCCAUCCUGGUGUCAGCUUGUCAGAUGAUCCAGCUGACACACGAGGCCAUUCUCUGCCACAUCAGGACGCCCUCUGCUCCACACGUACACAUGAGAUUUGAACUGAUGCAGAAAGGAAUCACUUAUACAAAGCAGUCAUUUCAUUUGCAAAACAUUUCCUAGAGAGCCAUAUUCUAUAAAUCCAUAUAUUCUUGAUUUGACCUCAAGAGCCAGGGACAUUUAUGCUGACUCUCCAUUGCCUCUUUUACUUUUGCACUAUUAAAUCCUCUCAGGAUGGAAAACAGCCUGUCUGUCGAGAUGCUCCUCUCCAGUCACAGAGACGUGGCACCUCUGAGGUGCUGGAUUCUGUGGCAUUCCACCUGCUAGCUACAAGCGCAAUUCACUUGCACAAGUGAAUUAAGGAUUCAUGGGGACAACCUUGAACAAUGGGAAAUGGACACUUGUGGAUGUAUUUCUCUCGUUUUCAGACAGACCAUUCUGAUAUAUCAUUUAUGCAACUUCUUAGGAACAGUCUUGGGAGAUAAAACAAACAGUUGCACAUAGCUGCAGCCAAUUCAAUAAUAAUUCUCUUAAUGCUCACCCUUCAC